AUGACUGGGAAUGAUAUAGAGGAUAACCUUUAUGGUGCUCGCAUUACAAUCCUUGCUGCGGCUUUUGCCGUCACAUUACUUUUGCGCAACAAACAACGUAGAAUUUGUAGAGAACCCUCUCGUGGACAUAAUCAACGUAAUCGUGUCAUCACACACAAUUUCCUUAGAUCCAGUGAGACUAUUAGCAGGUAUUUUAAUCAUGUUCUAUACGCAAUCGGUCAAUUGCGUGAUGAAUAUGACUGUAUUGGAGCGUUAGAUGGGACCCACAUUCAUGCUUCUGUUCCUGCAUCUGAAGUUGCAGCAUUUCGUGGGCGAAAACCAUACCCCACACAAAAUGUGCUUGCUGCUGUUGAUUUUGACUUAUGUUUUACAUAUGUUCUUGCUGGAUGGGAAGGUUCAGCACAUGAUGCUUUAGUUUUACGUGAUGCAUUAGAGAGACUAAAUGGUCUAUCAGUUCCUAAAGGAAAGUACUUCUUGGUUGAUGCCGGGUAUGCAACGAGACCGGGUUUUAUAUCCCCCUAUAGGGGUAUUAGAUACCAUCUAAAAGAGUUUGGCUCCCGGACACCAGCAAAUCAUAAAGAACUUUUUAAUCUUCGUCACUCAUCAGCUCGAACCACAAUUGAAAGAGCUUUUGGUUCUCUUAAGGGACGUUUCAAAAUUUUAUCAUCAAGACCAUUCUUUCCUUUCAAAACUCAAGCUGAACUAGUUUUAGCUGCAUGUAUUUUGCAUAAUUAUAUUAUAAGUGGUGGCGAAGAUAUGUUCAUACCUUCUGAGGAAGAAUGGACACCACAACGACCACCCUCAAAAAGUAACGUGAGAGAACAAAGAGAGGAUGCCCAAGAGUGGGUGGCACGUCGAGAACAGAUUGCAUGCGAUAUGUGGCCAAACAAGUAG